AUGAUACACGCGCGUCUGGCAGCAGCCUUCGACUUUUACUUGGACCUGGUGACGUGGCGGAAGCGAGCUCGCGAGCUGUGCGGUCGGGUGCUGGGCCGCUGGCUGCAUAGGACGCAGGCAGCAAGCUUCGCGACCUGGAGAGCCGCGGCGGUACGGAGGAGGAGGAUGUGCCUGCUGGCUGACAGGCUGGAGGCGCGGCGCCGAGCUUGGGCGCUCAGCCAGGGUUUCGACCUGUGGCUGGGCCAUGCCGAGACAGGGAGGGCGGCCAGACGUGUAGGAGGGCUCGAGCAAGCUUGCUCGGAGCUGAGCGCCAAGCUGGGUCAUCGGACGGAGAGGCUCGAGGAGCUGGCCCGACAGAGCGUAGCACGGAGGAUACAGGGGCACACGGCCGAGGCUUUCCGGCGGCUGGUAGAGGGCGUGGCUGAGUCACGGAGGCGUCGAGCGCUGGACCGACGCGCGCAGACGAGACGGGAGCUGACGGGUCUCGGGAGAGCCUUCGAAGCCUUCGCUGACGCCGUGUCGGAGCAUCGAGCCUUGCGGGAUCAAGACCGCGAGGUCAGCCGGCUCGAGGGCCAGCUCCAGAGCGAGCAGAGGCGGAGCGAGGAGCUUGCUCAGCACCUUGACGCGCUCAAGCAGUCGUUGCACGCUCGCCUGGAUCGUCAAGCCGCGAGCGACGAGACGCGAGCGGCGUUCGAGGGGCUGAGGUCGGCUACGGGCCGGGCUCGGCGAGCGCGUCAGAUCUGCCGGAAGGCCUUGGGCAAGAUGCGAUGCAGAGACCUGUCGCAGGGGCUGGAGCGCUGGCGGUCAGCGACAUCCGCCGCACGCGUCAGGAGACAAGCUUGCACGAGGGCCGUCAAGCGCUGGCAGGCCGGGCUGGCGUCGCGGGCAUACGACAAGUGGGCAGAAGAAGCCGACAAGGCAAGAUCCGAGAGGCUCCGUCAAGCUCAGCGCGACAGGCGUCAGCUUGCUCUAUGCGAGCGAGUGCUCCGCCGCAUGAUACACGCGCGUCUGGCAGCAGCCUUCGACUUUUACUUGGACCUGGUGACGUGGCGGAAGCGAGCUCGCGAGCUGUGCGGUCGGGUGCUGGGCCGCUGGCUGCAUAGGACGCAGGCAGCAAGCUUCGCGACCUGGAGAGCCGCGGCGGUACGGAGGAGGAGGAUGUGCCUGCUGGCUGACAGGCUGGAGGCGCGGCGCCGAGCUUGGGCGCUCAGCCAGGGUUUCGACCUGUGGCUGGGCCAUGCCGAGACAGGGAGGGCGGCCAGACGUGUAGGAGGGCUCGAGCAAGCUUGCUCGGAGCUGAGCGCCAAGCUGGGUCAUCGGACGGAGAGGCUCGAGGAGCUGGCCCGACAGAGCGUAGCACGGAGGAUACAGGGGCACACGGCCGAGGCUUUCCGGCGGCUGGUAGAGGGCGUGGCUGAGUCACGGAGGCGUCGAGCGCUGGACCGACGCGCGCAGACGAGACGGGAGCUGACGGGUCUCGGGAGAGCCUUCGAAGCCUUCGCUGACGCCGUGUCGGAGCAUCGAGCCUUGCGGGAUCAAGACCGCGAGGUCAGCCGGCUCGAGGGCCAGCUCCAGAGCGAGCAGAGGCGGAGCGAGGAGCUUGCUCAGCACCUUGACGCGCUCAAGCAGUCGUUGCACGCUCGCCUGGAUCGUCAAGCCGCGAGCGACGAGACGCGAGCGGCGUUCGAGGGGCUGAGGUCGGCUACGGGCCGGGCUCGGCGAGCGCGUCAGAUCUGCCGGAAGGCCUUGGGCAAGAUGCGAUGCAGAGACCUGUCGCAGGGGCUGGAGCGCUGGCGGUCAGCGACAUCCGCCGCACGCGUCAGGAGACAAGCUUGCACGAGGGCCGUCAAGCGCUGGCAGGCCGGGCUGGCGUCGCGGGCAUACGACAAGUGGGCAGAAGAAGCCGACAAGGCAAGAUCCGAGAGGCUCCGUCAAGCUCAGCGCGACAGGCGUCAGCUUGCUCUAUGCGAGCGAGUGCUCCGCCGCAUGAUACACGCGCGUCUGGCAGCAGCCUUCGACUUUUACUUGGACCUGGUGACGUGGCGGAAGCGAGCUCGCGAGCUGUGCGGUCGGGUGCUGGGCCGCUGGCUGCAUAGGACGCAGGCAGCAAGCUUCGCGACCUGGAGAGCCGCGGCGGUACGGAGGAGGAGGAUGUGCCUGCUGGCUGACAGGCUGGAGGCGCGGCGCCGAGCUUGGGCGCUCAGCCAGGGUUUCGACCUGUGGCUGGGCCAUGCCGAGACAGGGAGGGCGGCCAGACGUGUAGGAGGGCUCGAGCAAGCUUGCUCGGAGCUGAGCGCCAAGCUGGGUCAUCGGACGGAGAGGCUCGAGGAGCUGGCCCGACAGAGCGUAGCACGGAGGAUACAGGGGCACACGGCCGAGGCUUUCCGGCGGCUGGUAGAGGGCGUGGCUGAGUCACGGAGGCGUCGAGCGCUGGACCGACGCGCGCAGACGAGACGGGAGCUGACGGGUCUCGGGAGAGCCUUCGAAGCCUUCGCUGACGCCGUGUCGGAGCAUCGAGCCUUGCGGGAUCAAGACCGCGAGGUCAGCCGGCUCGAGGGCCAGCUCCAGAGCGAGCAGAGGCGGAGCGAGGAGCUUGCUCAGCACCUUGACGCGCUCAAGCAGUCGUUGCACGCUCGCCUGGAUCGUCAAGCCGCGAGCGACGAGACGCGAGCGGCGUUCGAGGGGCUGAGGUCGGCUACGGGCCGGGCUCGGCGAGCGCGUCAGAUCUGCCGGAAGGCCUUGGGCAAGAUGCGAUGCAGAGACCUGUCGCAGGGGCUGGAGCGCUGGCGGUCAGCGACAUCCGCCGCACGCGUCAGGAGACAAGCUUGCACGAGGGCCGUCAAGCGCUGGCAGGCCGGGCUGGCGUCGCGGGCAUACGACAAGUGGGCAGAAGAAGCCGACAAGGCAAGAUCCGAGAGGCUCCGUCAAGCUCAGCGCGACAGGCGUCAGCUUGCUCUAUGCGAGCGAGUGCUCCGCCGCAUGAUACACGCGCGUCUGGCAGCAGCCUUCGACUUUUACUUGGACCUGGUGACGUGGCGGAAGCGAGCUCGCGAGCUGUGCGGUCGGGUGCUGGGCCGCUGGCUGCAUAGGACGCAGGCAGCAAGCUUCGCGACCUGGAGAGCCGCGGCAGUACGGAGGAGGAGGAUGUGCCUGCUGGCUGACAGGCUGGAGGCGCGGCGCCGAGCUUGGGCGCUCAGCCAGGGUUUCGACCUGUGGCUGGGCCAUGCCGAGACAGGGAGGGCGGCCAGACGUGUAGGAGGGCUCGAGCAAGCUUGCUCGGAGCUGAGCGCCAAGCUGGGUCAUCGGACGGAGAGGCUCGAGGAGCUGGCCCGACAGAGCGUAGCACGGAGGAUACAGGGGCACACGGCCGAGGCUUUCCGGCGGCUGGUAGAGGGCGUGGCUGAGUCACCUAUGGGGAGUGGCAGGUUUGUCGUCUCAUUCAAUCUAAAUGGCAUCAACACUCGCUGUAUUCAGCUUUCAAUCGAUGGACAUCAUGGCAUGAGGAAUCGAUUUAUCAGAAUCGUCGUCAUGAGGGUUGGUCUCGGAAACUUACCUCAGCAAUCUGUCUGA